AUGGCGGCUGUGGUAGAAAAUGUAGUGAAGCUCCUUGGGGAGCAAUACUACAAAGAUGCCAUGGAGCAGUGCCACAAUUAUAAUGCCCGCCUCUGUGCUGAGCGCAGUGUGCGCCUUCCUUUCUUGGACUCACAGACUGGAGUAGCCCAGAGCAACUGUUAUAUCUGGAUGGAAAAGCGACACCGGGGUCCAGGAUUGGCCUCUGGGCAGCUAUACUCCUACCCUGCCCGGCGCUGGCGGAAAAAGCGGCGAUCCCACCCUCCUGAGGAUCCAAGACUUUCUUUCCCGUCUAUUAAACCAGACACAGACCAGACCCUGAAGAAAGAGGGGCUGAUCUCUCAAGACGGCAGUAGUUUAGAGGCUCUAUUGCGCACCGACCCCCUGGAGAAGCGAGGUGCCCCAGAUCCCCGAGUGGAUGAUGACAGCCUGGGCGAGUUUCCUGUGACCAACAGUCGAGCACGGAAGCGGAUCCUAGAACCAGAUGACUUCCUCGAUGACCUGGAUGACGAGGACUAUGAAGAGGACACUCCCAAGCGUCGGGGCAAGGGGAAAUCCAAGGGUAAAGGUGUGGGCAGUGCCCGUAAGAAGCUUGACGCUUCCAUCCUGGAGGAUCGGGACAAGCCCUAUGCCUGUGACAUUUGUGGAAAACGUUACAAGAACCGACCGGGCCUCAGUUACCACUAUGCCCACUCCCACUUGGCUGAGGAGGAGGGUGAGGACAAGGAAGACUCGCAGCCGCCCACCCCGGUUUCCCAGAGGUCGGAGGAGCAGAAAUCCAAGAAGGGUCCCGACGGACUGGCCCUGCCCAACAAUUACUGUGACUUCUGCCUGGGGGACUCCAAGAUCAACAAGAAGACGGGGCAGCCCGAGGAGCUGGUGUCCUGCUCUGACUGUGGCCGCUCAGGGCACCCAUCUUGCCUGCAGUUCACCCCAGUGAUGAUGGCGGCCGUGAAGACCUACCGCUGGCAGUGCAUCGAGUGCAAGUGCUGCAACAUCUGUGGCACCUCCGAGAACGAUGACCAGCUGCUCUUCUGUGACGACUGUGACCGUGGCUACCAUAUGUACUGUCUCACCCCGUCCAUGUCUGAGCCUCCUGAAGGAAGUUGGAGCUGCCACUUGUGUCUGGACCUGUUGAAGGAGAAAGCUUCCAUCUACCAGAACCAGAACUCCUCUUGAUGUGCCCCCCACCCUCGCUCCCCCCAUACAUCUAGGGCUGUUUCUCUCUUCCUCUCUUGUUUUUCAUACCCACCUUUCCCCUCCUCUUCUCUCAUAAGUCCAGACAACCGCGGGUGGUCGUGCCGAUCCGCCUUUGGCAGCACCAAGCAGAGGUGGCAGCUCUGACCGCCUCUGGCCUAGGCCCUCAGGGAGAAUGGAGCAGCACACUGCCCCAAGGCAUACCUGUGACCCAGCUUCUCACUGCUCUCCGUGAAGUGCAUUCACUCUGCCUGCCUUGGGCCCCGGCCCUGGCGAUCACAGGGUUCGAACAGUGUCCUCCGAGAAAGAGUGGGAGAGCAGCUCACUUUUCUCUUAGCUCUGCCUCCACUCUGGUCCCCAGGGUUUUCCCUUCCCUUGGAGGCGAGCCAGACCAGGGCCUCUCUGCCAGGAGCAGCUGGGCGUGAGCAACUGAGCAAGCUGAGGCAGCGCUUGCAAGGAGCUUUCCAGGCCCUUUGUGCCGCUUAGCCUCGCUGCCUCCUUCCUCCAGAGCGGCUGUCCGCAGCCCUCUCUUCCUGCUACCCAGGAUCCUUUGCCCGAGCCAGGAUGCUCUUGGUCACUCUCCUUACUCUGCCCUGACCCACUUCACCCCACCCCACCCCAGGGGGAGUCGCAGCUUCACCUGAUUCUUCCUUGUGCUCACCUGGCUCGCUCACAGGUGGUCUCUUAAUGACCGAAGCAUUCCCCGUCCUUGAAAUUUCCUAUCUUCUGCCUCCCCUCCUUAUUCCCUUUGGUUUUGUGGGGAGAGGGGAAGAAUCGGGGCCAGGCCAGCAGCUUGGGGGCCACAGGGAGACAUUGGAUAAUGUGCCUGUUUUUUAACUCGAUGAAAAAAGCCUACCUCCGAAAUCCCCUUUUUGUUCUUCCUGGACCUGGACAUUCAGCUCCUGCCCUUGACUGAAUUGGGGGCCUCUGCCUCCUGCUCGGUGUAUCCUGGCCCCUGGGUCACAGGGAAGCCACAUAGACAUCCCUUUCUUCCCUUGCACGCUCGCUAGCAGCUGGUAAGGUCUUCACACCCUGAUUCCUCAGUUUUCUGUCUGGUGACACUGACAUGAAGUAGUGGGGGGAGAUAGUCCAUACCAGGACCCCCUGGAGUGGCCUUCCCCUUGGCUGUGGGCAGGUCCUAAUUCACUGUCGCUUUGGAGUUGAGGUGUCUUUCUUUCUUUAGUUCCUGUAUUCUAAACAUUAGUACAAAUAAACGUUUUUACACAGAA